AUGAGUGGGUGGGUGUUGGUGUGUACCUCUGCAUGUGCUCGAUCUCAUGUUUGCGCAUUGUGCACAGUCUGUAUAAGCCUGGGCUGCACAGGAGGCGUAGCCAAGUUGGCGAAAUGUAGGGCCAUUCUUGCUCUUUUCUCCAAAGGCCUCCUAUCCUUGCCCGUCGCCCUGGCAACGGAGGUUUCGCGGCCCACGCCCCAACUGUACCAUGGCAGCCUGUUCACCUGCUACAUGGUGUUAUCGCUUAUCGCUUCAUCUGGAAUGCCUCUCGUCUCUCGCCUCCCCCGGUCAGCCUCCUCUCCGCGGGACUCGGAGUUGGCUGUCUCGACCGGCUGGAGGCCUGCUUCCGUAGACACUCUCUCUGCUCCGCCUCCUCUCAGCCUCACUACACUCUCGCACUCGUUCCUUUCUGACCACAUCCUCUGCCUCGGGCAGUCGACAACUGGUACCGGGUCUGUGGCUUUGUGCCUCUCUCGCUCUCUUUCGCUUUGUCUCGCGCGAUCGGCAUUCCCGCCGGCAGGGCGACUACACAACCGUGGCGGCAAAACUCGGUCAUGGCGACUUCGCGGCGAAAUGGCUUCUGGCCUGGAAGGGUCCGACUUGUAA